AUGACGGCUCUGCGCACAGAGGGUGCUGCCCGGUUCUGGGUCGCCCUGGCCGCUGCGGCUCUUUGCGGUCACCCUCUGCUGGGGGUGAGCGCCACCUUGAACUUCGUCCUCAAUUCCAACGCCAUCAAGAACCUGCCCCCACCGCUGAGCGGCGCUGCCGGGCACCCAGGCUCCGCCGUCAGCGCGGCUCCCGGAACUCCCUUUGAGGGCGGCAACAAGUUCCAGACCCUUGACAACCACCAGCCAUACCCGUGCGCGGAGGACGAGGAGUGCAGCGCCGACGAGUACUGCGCGAGUCCCGCCCGCGGAGCCGGUGCGCAGAUCUGCCUAGCCUGUCGCAAGCUCCGAAAGCGCUGCAUGCGUCACGCGAUGUGCUGCCCUGGGAAUCACUGCAAAAACGGGAUAUGCAUGCCUUCUGAUCAAAAUCAUUUCCAUCGAGGGGAAAUCGAGGAAACCAUUAUUGAAAACUUUGGUAAUGAACACAGUACCUUGGAUGGGCACUCCAGAAGAACUACACUGUCUUCAAGAAUGUAUCAUACCAAAGGACAAGAAGGUUCUGUCUGUCUUCGCUCAUCAGACUGCGCUGCGGGGUUGUGUUGUGCUAGACAUUUCUGGUCCAAGAUCUGUAAACCUGUUCUCAAGGAAGGUCAAGUAUGCACCAAACACAGGAGAAAAGGCUCCCAUGGGCUGGAGAUAUUCCAGCGUUGUUACUGUGGAGAAGGUCUGUCUUGCCGGAUACAGAAAGAUCACCAUCAAGCCAGUAAUUCUUCCAGGCUUCACACCUGUCAGAGACACUAA